CUUCUCUCCAAACUGUUUGGCAGCAGGGAGAUGCGAAUACUGAUGCUUGGUUUGGAUGCGGCUGGCAAGACUAGUAAAUCUCUCAAUUUAGGCUGUAUUUUUCAAGCAAUUCUGUAUAGGCUUAAAUUGGGCUCCUCCGUUACCACCAUUCCAACUGUUGGCUUUAAUGUCGAAACUGUCCAAUAUAAGAACAUCAAAUUUAAUGUCUGGGAUGUCGGAGGUCAAGAGAAGAUACGACCCCUCUGGCGUCAUUACUAUACAGGCACUCAGGGUCUUAUAUUUGUUGUUGAUAGUGCAGACAGAGAUAGGAUUGUUGAGGCUCGCCAAGAACUUCAUCGUAUUGCGUGCGAUAGGGAAAUGAACGACGCUAUCAUUUUGAUUUUUGCAAAUAAACAGGAUAUUCCGAGUGGUAAGAGCUUCUUCUAG